AUGGCGCAGAUGUGGUCCCUGCAGGCUCGGGGAGGGGGCUCGGGGGGGGCUCUGGAUCGUCAGCGGGAUCCCAACGUGUGUCUUCCUCUCUCCUCCCCCUCUCCAGGCUUCCACGUGAUCCCUUCAGUGUCCAGCAUCGUUCCCGAGAGCUGCCUGCUCAUCGUGGUGGGCCUUCUGGUCGGGGGGCUCAUCAAAGGGGUGGGCGAGAAGCCCCCCAUCCUCAAGUCAGACAUCUUCUUCCUCUUCCUCCUCCCACCCAUCAUCCUGGACGCCGGCUACUUCCUCCCCUUGCGCCAGUUCACCGAGAACCUGGGCACCAUCCUCAUCUUCGCCGUGGUGGGGACGCUCUGGAACGCCUUCUUCCUGGGGGGGCUGAUGUACGCCGUGUGCCAGCUGGGUGGCCCCGGCCUCAACCACAUCGGCCUCCUGGCCAACCUGCUUUUUGGCAGCAUCAUCUCUGCCGUGGACCCUGUGGCCGUGCUGGCCGUGUUUGAGGAGAUCCACAUCAACGAGCUGCUCCACAUCCUGGUCUUCGGGGAGUCCCUGCUCAACGACGCCGUCACGGUGGUCCUCUACCACCUCUUUGAGGAGUUUGCCAACUUUGAGCAGGUGACCAUCCUCGAUAUCAUCCUCGGCUUCCUCAGCUUCUUCGUGGUGUCGCUGGGCGGCGUCUUGGUGGGCGUCAUUUACGGGGUGAUCGCCGCCUUCACGUCCCGCUUCACCUCCCACAUCCGAGUCAUCGAGCCCCUCUUCGUCUUCCUCUACAGCUACAUGGCCUAUCUCUCUGCAGAGCUCUUCCACCUCUCCGGCAUCAUGGCGCUCAUCGCCUCUGGCGUGGUCAUGAGGCCCUAUGUGGAAGCCAACAUCUCCCACAAGUCCCACACCACCAUCAAGUAUUUCCUCAAGAUGUGGAGCAGCGUGAGCGAGACCCUCAUCUUCAUCUUCCUGGGUGUCUCCACCGUGGCUGGUCACCACUACUGGAACUGGACCUUCGUCAUCAGCACGCUGCUCUUCUGCCUCAUCGCCAGGGUGUUAGGUGUCCUUGUCCUCACCUGGUUCAUCAACAAGUUCCGAAUUGUGAAGCUGACGCCGAAGGACCAGUUCAUCAUCGCCUACGGGGGCCUGCGGGGAGCCAUCGCCUUCUCCCUCGGGUACCUCCUGGACUACAAACAUUUUGGCAUGAGGGACAUGUUCCUCACAGCCAUCAUCACCGUCAUCUUCUUCACCGUUUUCGUGCAGGGCAUGACCAUCCGGCCCUUGGUGGAUCUGCUGGCCGUGAAGAAGAAGCAAGAGACAAAACGCUCCAUCAACGAAGAGAUCCACACGCAGUUCUUGGAUCACCUUCUGACGGGGAUCGAGGAUAUCUGUGGUCACUACGGGCAUCACCACUGGAAGGACAAGCUGAACCGCUUCAACAAGAAGUAUGUGAAGAAGUGCCUGAUCGCAGGGGAGCGCUCCAAGGAGCCCCAGCUCAUCGCCUUCUACCACAAGAUGGAGAUGAAGCAGGCCAUCGAGCUGGUGGAGAGUGGGGGCAUAGGCAAGAUCCCCUCCGCUGUCUCCACUGUCUCCAUCCAGAAUAUCAACCCCAAGUCCCUCCCUGUGGAACGCAUCCUUCCGGCCCUGUCCAAGGACAAGGAGGAGGAGAUCCGGAAGAUCCUCCGCAACAACCUGCAGAAAACCAGGCAGAGGUUGCGAUCCUACAACCGGCACACGCUCGUGGCCGACCCCUACGAGGAGGCCUGGAACCAGAUGCUCCUGCGGAGGCAGAAGGCCCGGCAGCUGGAACAGAAGAUGAACAACUACCUGACGGUGCCGGCUCACAGGCUGGAUUCGCCCACCAUGUCCCGGGCUCGCAUAGGCUCAGACCCGCUGGCCUACGAACCCAAGGGGGACUCGGAGAACCUGCCCAUCAUCACCAUCGACCCGGCCUCGCCGCAGUCCCCCGAGUCCGUGGACCUGAUGAACGAGGAGCCCAAGGGCUGCAGCGGCCUCCCGCCCUCGCCCGAGGAGGAUGAGGAGGGGCUGGUGAUGCGGGUGAAGGAGCCCUCCUCCCCGGGGACUGACGAUGUCUUCACCCCGGGGACCGGUGACAGCCCCAGCAACCAGCGGAUGCUGCGGUGCCUGAGCGACCCGGGGCCCCGGCCGGAGCCGGAGGAGGGGGAGCCCUUCAUCCCCAAGGGGCAGUAGCUGCUGGCACGAAGCCUUGUUAUCGUUA